GCUCAUUAACAUCUGGAGCAGAGAGGACAACAACCCUGUUUACAAACUGUUUACCACAGACUGGACCAUAUGACCACAGUGAGGAGAGAGAAGGGGGGGUUGAGAGUGACAGAGAAAGAGAUGAACUGGGUUUGACAGCUGAACAUUCAGGGCUUAGAGAGAGGACCUCACAGGGAUAAACAGUAGCUUCUUCUGCCCAAAGUUAUGAAUUAUCCAGGAUUCUUUAUAAUCUGACGCUUUCAAGACAUCGUCGUCAUGUGGGACAACGUGGGAGGUUGAUCAGACAUCUGCAUCUUCUCAACUUCACAGGAGCUGGAAGAGUAACUCCCUUCAUAAUGAACUGUGCUGUGAUUCUUCUAUUAACAACAAGCUGCUUCACCUGGUCUUCAGCUAUAUAUAUCCCCGACAAAGCAGCACCCAAGAAGCUGAAGUAUCUCCUCGAGCCACCUGUUUACGCCGAAGUCGUUGGCCGAAGGGGUGAAAACGUCACCUUGCCGUGUAUCCUGAGAACCAAACCCAACCAUUACAAAAUCAAAUGGACAAAACUGGAGCCGGAACAUGUCGGGCCAGAGAACAUUAUCAUGAUAUCAAACGCACAUGACUUCAAGCUAUACGGCCAUCUUGGACCACGAGCUUCUCUCCGGAACGCCCACACCAUAGAUGCCUCCCUGCAGCUCAGCCACCUUAAGCUGGAAGAUGACGGUGCAUAUCGCUGCGAGCUUGUGAAUGGCAUCGAGGAUGAGCAUGUGGUCAUUACUUUGAGGAUUGAAGGUGUGGUGUUCCCCUAUCAGAGUAAAAACGGACGCUACCAACUCACUUUCCAUGAGGCUAAGGAGGCUUGUGCUGAGCAAGAUGGCACAUUAGCCACAUACAACCAGCUAUACAGAGCCUGGACGGAGGGUUUGGACUGGUGUAACGCAGGUUGGCUCCACGAUGGAACCGUUCAUUACCCGAUUAUUCAUCCUCGACCCACCUGUGGAGGAGAGCUGCUCCCGGGCAUUCGCAGUUAUGGACCGAAAGAUAAGAAUCACGAUCGGUUUGAUGCUUUCUGCUUCACCUCGUUGACAUCUGGCUCUGUGUACUACAUAUCAGGAGCUUUCUCCUUCGAGCAGGCAGAACACGCGUGUAGACGUCAGGCAGCCAAGCUCGCGUUGGUCGGCCAGCUUUACUCCGCCUGGCGCUUCCAAAACUAUGACCAGUGUGACGGCGGAUGGCUGAAAGACGGCAGCGUACGGUUUCCCAUCAGUAACCCCAGGGAGCGCUGUGGAGGCAUCCCUGAAGCAGGAGUGCGCUCAUUUGGAUUCCCCAACAAGUCGAUGCAUCUUUACGGAGCCUAUUGCUUUAGGUAGCCUCAAAAUAACAGCAUAAAUACACUUUUCAUAUCAGAAUCUCAACAGAGCUGUAAGUCUGCUUUGACACAAAUAAACAAGGAAAUCUGAGAGGCCCAAAAUGUACUGUAGUAUCAGUAUCAACAGCAAUGAUCUACGAAAGGGACAAAUUACAGUCCCAAGCAAGAAACCUCACACCUGACAACCCUGUCUCCUAGAAAUUAUCUUUAUAUACGACUAAAUUGUUUCCCCAAUUGCGCUGUGUUGGCAAACGUAAUGGCUGCCUAGAUUAUGUUAACAGCCAAUGUUUAUUCAAAUGAAUUAAGCUACGUUUAUAUAUUGCUCUGAAGUCAUAGGGAGGAGAUCAGGGUGAAUGGUGGACGUCGAUACAGAGACUGAGGUUUGCAUGUGUUUAGAUUUAGGCAACAAAAAACUUUGUUUAAGGUUAGUGAAGGAUCGUGGUUUUGGUUAAAUGUUAAAGGAUAAAGCUGGUGAUCUUCCAUAUUUUUCACA